AUGAUGUUUGCCUUCACAUCACCAGGUGCAAAGUUGGAUAACCAUUUUAACAAUGGGGGUGGACCACCCACUUUACGAAUUCAAGGUCAAUCAUGUCAUCGUAUUGGAAGUUUGCUUCCACCAGAAGGUCAACCACCUAAAUUUGCACAACUAUAUAUUUUUGACACGGACAAUGAGGUCCAUAAUAGAAUGCAGGGAUUGAGGAACACAAAAAACAUUGAUCCGGUAAUUGUACAAAAGUUGUCAGAUAUGCUCUACGAGCAUAACCCUUAUGCCAAAAGUUUUCAAAUGGCCAAACAUUGUUUAUUGAUUUCAAAUACACAAAACCUGAAAUUAAGACUCAUUUCUAAUAGAUCCACAGAUGGAAGAGUAUAUAAUCAACCAACUGUUUCUGAGGUUGUUGCUUUUAUAGUUGGUGAUCUUGAUACAACAGAAAUGAGGGAUAUCAUCAUGCAAACUAAAGGUGGAGAGUUACAAAGAAUUAACGAGCUUCAUGCAUGUUACUUGGCAUAUCAAUAUCCUUUAAUUUUCCCUUAUGGAGAAGAUGGUUAUAGACCAAACAUAGCUCAUCGAGACUUAGACAUAUUCUAA